AACACUCCGCCCGCCGACACAUCUCAUUUGAUUCCACCCGAUGAGUCGCAGCAGCAGCAGUCGCAACAACACUUCAACAGUGCCAGUGAGAGUUCGACCUCAACCCCGCCAAGCAAUUCUGCAAAUGAUGUCUCUGCAUCGACGCGUCACCAUAGCAGCGGCAGCUACCCCACCUCAAGGUCGACAGAUCCUCCUCUCCAGCCCCCACCUGCUCCUUUUCCCGCUGACGUUUCCACUACCCCGUCUACUCCUCACUCCCAACCCACUCCUUUGUACUCCCCUAGACCCACCUCUUACUCCCUUACGAGCAAUCGGCCUCCCUCUCCCAGUGGUCAAGGUCGUAUGGUGGACCCUAGAAUGCCCCAUUCUAUGCAGCAACCUCCCCGAGGCCAACAGUUCGCCGAUCCGUCUUACGCUCCACCGCCUCUGGCUGCGUCUCAACAGGCGAUCUAUGACCACCCACUCUAUCCCCUACUGGUGCUGAUUUUUGAGAAAUGCGAGCUGGCCACAUGUACACCGCGUGAUAGGAAUAAUUCAAGGGCGUCGACUGACAGUCUUCAACAGAACCCAAUGUCUGCUGGCGAGCCGACUGUCUGGUCCUCUGUCUCCUUUGACAACGAUAUCCUCGCUUUUGCAGAGAACUUUGCACGAAAUCACAAAUCGACACGGACCGCAGACAGUGAGAUCGAUUCUUUGAUAAUCCAAGCUAUUCGCGUGCUCCGGGUUCACCUUAUCGAAAUUGAAAAG